AGUCCCAAAUUUCAUAGUGCAUAAUCUUCUAAUGGAUACCAUGGGAAAACGAGUCAACGACUCCAACAAAGAUCGUUAAGUAUGGUGUAAUGGAUAUGACAGACAACAGACAGUACAAUCUUCUGUUGGCCGAAUCCCUCUAAGAGCUCUAUUUAUAGCCACCAUCACUUUGCACUCUGAACUAUGCCCCGUACUACUUAGGCAACUUGAACCACCUCUCUCUCUCUCUCUCUCUGUCUCUCUCUCUCUCUCUCUCUCGUGCCUAAUAUUCAUAGCAAUGGCUAAACUUCUCUGCAUUCUGGUUAUAGCGCUUCUUGGCAUUUCCAUGGUUGCAACUAAGGCAAUGGCGAAAGAAGCCCAGUACCACCCGGAUGGUGGGCAAUAUGGACCUGGGAGUCUUAAGAGUUCUCAAUGCCCAUCGCAAUGCUCAAGAAGAUGUAGUCAGACGCAGUACCACAAACCAUGCAUGUUCUUCUGCCAAAAAUGCUGUGCCAAGUGCCUCUGCGUCCCUCCUGGCUAUUACGGCAACAAAGCCGUAUGCCCUUGCUACAACAACUGGAAGACCAAGCGUGGAGGACCCAAAUGCCCUUAAAUUAAAUCAACACUUUUGUCUUAAUUGUAAUCGUGUCAUCAACAUAAUGACCAGUUUUUUAUUCUUAUUUAUUUCGGUGCUCCACGGGGUUAGAGAGCAGUAGUAGUGUAACCAUAUUCAGUCAUUCUCAUUGUCAUGUAUGCCAGAGUAUCUUAUGAAGAAUAAAUUCUGCAUUA